UUAUUUAUUUAACAAUCGAACAACAGUAGCAUUUUAUAAUUUAAGUUAAAAAAAAACAGGUCAAAAAUAUAACAAAGGAAAAGGCAAAGUAAAUUUUGAUCAUCACCAACCUGCUAAGUAUUUGGGACCGCUUCACUUGCUUCUCAGCAUAUGAGAUGGCCGGAUGGUCGGCACUUCCAUAUGACCUAAUUGAAUCAAUCGCAAACCUGUUGAACGCAGCUGAAGAUUUCCUUUCAUUUUCUUCUGUAUGCCGCUCCUGGAGGCUAGUUUGUAAAAGCAAGAACUGGCAUCCUGGUUUCCAAUUGCCAUGGCUCAUGCUCGGGGAAAUGCAAACCAACAAAGGGUCGAUGAGGCAAUUCUUGAGUAUGUGCAAGUUUAAGUUUCAUUACUUGCCAUUCCCUGAAACUCAAGAUUUUCGGUGUUGGGGCGCUUGUCAAGAAUCGGUCAUCACCAUUAACCCAAGAUUUGAGGUUCGCCUUGUCAACCCUUUUACUCAUGCUUGCAUUAAUCUUCCAUCGAUUACCGCAUUAAACAUCCAAGGUGCUGCUAAAGAUUGUUGGUUCUCUGUUAUUCACAAAGCUAAAUACUUCAAGAUUCAAAAUGAAUAUAUGGUUUUCAUUAUAUAUGGUCCUCGUUCUGAAGUGGCAUUCACUAGAUCGGGAGACAGCAGGUGGUCUUUGGUUCAAUCUUUAAUCCCUGCUCGUUUUGUUGAUGUUGUGUGCUUUAAGGAUCAGAUUAUGGCACUUUCAAUUGUAGGAACACUCUUUUCGCUUGAAACAAAUGGAGUCGAUACUCCAAGGAUGCUGUGCGUUAGUUCUCCGCCCCAACAAGAGAAAUCUUGGCAAAAGAUGUAUUUGGUGGAAUCGUCGGGAGAUCUUCUGAUAUUAUUCUCUUAUCCAAAUGGAAACAUGGUUAAUAGAUUCAGAGCAUACAGGUUUGAUAUCUCAAAAAGGGAGUGGAUGAGGUUGGAGGACUUGGGUACUAAUGUUUUACUUGUUGACACCGAUAUUUGUACUUCCCUUCCUGCAUGUGACUAUCUGCAGCGCAAUUGUAUCUACUUUGUGCACGACAACCUGGAUUCGUUGUUGGCAUCUGGACCGAGAUGUAUGGGGAAUUACAUGAGUGUGUAUAACUUGAAAGAAAAUUACACCGAUUUUAUGAAUUUAGGAAAUGAUAAUUCCUUUAGGUAUAUUUCCGCAACCUGGGUACUUCCUAGUUUGUGGUAGAAAGUCGUAGGCGCUCACAUUCAUGCUUUAUUGUAAACCUAGAAUAGAUAAAGAAAGAGCAUAGGAUAUUGUUCUUCUUCAAGUUUAAAUUUGUGUUCAUCUUUGCAUGUAUCAGUGGCUCAUUGCAGCCUGUUUGAUCAUUGUUCUUGCAUAUUACUUGAUUGAGUAAAAUGUGGUGAAUAGAUGCUCUAAUUGCUUA